GGCGAUGCGGCCGCUGACGGAGGCGGAGACGCGGGCAGUCUUCGAGAAGCUGGGACGAUACAUCGGUGAGAACAUCCAGCUGCUGGUGGACCGGCCCGAUGGCACCUACUGCUUCCGCCUGCACCGCGACCGCGUCUACUACCUGAGCGAGAAGCUGCUGAAGGUGGCUGCCAGCGUCCCCCGGGACAGCCUGGUGUCGCUGGGCACCUGCUUCGGGAAGUUCACCAAGACGCAGAAGUUCCGGCUCAGCGUCACGGCCUUGGACUUCCUCGCGCCCUACGCCAAGUACAAGGUGUGGGUGAAGCCCGGCUCGGAGCAGUCCUUCCUCUACGGCAACCACGUCCUGAAGUCGGGCCUGGGCCGCAUCACGGAGAACACGGCCCAGUACCAGGGCGUGGUGGUGUACUCCAUGGCCGACGUCCCGCUGGGCUUUGGGGUGGCUGCCAAGUCCACCCAGGAGUGCCGGAAGGUAGACCCCAUGGCCAUCGUCGUGUUCCACCAGGCCGAUGUCGGGGAGUACGUGCGGAACGAGGACACGCUGACCUAAGGGAACUCCAGCGCUCCCAAGACGUGAGCGUUCCUGGGCAGAACGGACCUUGUCCUGCACCGUCGGUGCAGCAGCGGCACACGGAGCCGCAGGGAGCCCACCCCGAGCGGGGCAGAGGGGCUGGGAGCUGCCAGCACACAGGCCCGCGCCCCUGGGGGGGCUGCUGCCGAUGCAAGGAGGAGCUCCCCCCGCGCCAGACCUGUCUCUGCCGUCACAUAAAGCCUGUUCCU